AUGAAGAUGGACUGGUCCUCUGGGUUGGGUCUGCUGUGGUGGAGUCUGUCUGUGGGACCUGAUGAGAUAAAGUCAGCUGAGAGGAGACUCCUGGAGAAAACCUACCCAGAUCAGAUGGAGGAGCAGCUCCAGAUGCAGCAGGGAUUCCUGGAGAAGUUCACCACCUCUCCAGCCUUCCUGAAGACCUCCAGGCUGGGCUCGUACCGCUUCACCUUCCCCCUGGAGGAACUGCUGGAGGCCUACAGCAAACAGUUUUGCUCCGGCGAUAAGCCCGUCAUGAAGGUGUUUAAGACAAGCCUGUAUAUACAGGAAGUGAAUUACGUUGUGCUGGUCCACAGUCCAGACCAGGACCAGUUCUCUGACUAUCCUUUGCUGAAAGACCAGCCAGACACUGUCUGCACUUACAGAGACGGCUGCUUCAUCUGGAGGCCUGAGGCCAUGAGUGAGACACACAGAUAUGAGUUGAUCGUGGGACCUGAUCAGAUGGAAGUGAAGGAGCUGAGUCGUAGCCAAACGGAGUUAUAUGUUUGGGAUAAUGUCUCCAUCGCCCUGCAUGUGCCGAAUAAACAGGUGCUGCACUUUGAUGCCGGCCGACUGAGAGAGAACCUCAAGUUCUGCAGUGAAGGAUAUCCUGGACUACAUGUGUUCCGCUCCCUCCAGGUGCUGUCUCGUCUCUUCCCCUUUAAGCGAGGCCUCUGCCACGCCUACUGGGCCCCAAACAUCUGGGCGCUCUACAACACGCUGGAUAAAAUCCUGGCCACGCUCGGUGUUCGUGUGAAGCUGCUGCAGGAGGCGGAGCUUCCUCGAGCCUCCAUGACGGGCGGCUUGGUUCAGGAGUUCCAGCACGCGGUCCUCCCCUCCAUCACUCCCUCCAUCACUCUCAUCUGCACUCUGCUCUCCAUCCUGGUGAGUCACAGCAGAGAAACAGAGCUCCGGGCGGCGUCCAUCUGGUGGCGUCCCCGCGGCGCUCGCGGCUUCCUGCGCUGCCUGCUGCUCUGCGCUCUCGGCUCCUUCGUGUUCGGCUGGCACGUCCACGAGAAGGCCAUCCUCAUGGCCAUCCUGCCUCUCAGCAUCCUGGCGGUGGAGAACAGAGAGGAUGCUGGGAUAUUCCUGGUUCUGACCACCACGCACUACUCUGUUCCCCUGCUCUCACCCCGCAGGUAACAGCCACUAUACACGAUAUAGGAGCUGCCCAUCAAAGUGUGUCUGAUGCUGCUGUUCACCAUCUACUCCUUCACUGCUCUGAGGACCCUCCACAGUGGUCAGGGCUCUCUGCUACGUCCUCUGGAGUGCGUCUACCUGCUGGGACUGGUCGCCGUGGCGUUCGCCUGCGAGGUCGCCUUCCCUCUGUCGCCGUGGCAACAGAGGCUGCCGUUCCUCCCCCUGCUGGCGACCUCAGUGUACUGCUCGCUGGGCGUCUGCUACUCCUUCCUGCGUCUCUACGCCACGCUGCUGCGGCCAGACGGGAAGCCCAAACAACCGUGAGCUGAAGGACCGCAGGUUAGAUUCCCUCCUAGACCACACCGGCACUCUCACAGAGGACCACUCAGACUCACCGACCAAUCAGGACCUCACAGAGAACUGCUCAGACUCACCGACCAAUCAGGACCUCACAGAGGACCGCUCGCACUCACCGACCAAUCAGGACCUCACAGAGAACAGCUCAGACUCACCGACCAAUCAGGACCUCACAGAGAACUGCUCCCACUCACCGACCAAUCAGGACCUCACAGAGAACUGCUCCCACUCACCGACCAAUCAGGUCUGAGUUUACUUACAAUACGUAAAGUACACACACACACACACACACACACACACACACACACACACACACACACACAUACACACACACACACACACACACACACACAUACACACACACACACACACACACACACACACACACACACACACAUACACACACACACACACACACAGACACAUACACAUACACACAGACACACACAAACACACACAAACAGACCUCCAGGUGGAUAAAACCAACGCACCACUGGUGAAGAACUACUUCCUGACUUUAUUAAGUGAACGUGGACCAAAACAGAACUGAGAGACAUUCAUAAUGUCUGUUUUUCUACGUUUACAAUUAAAAGAUGAAUUCAUCUC